CCUUCCGUUAAACUCACGUUCUACGGUCGGUCUUAACCCUAGUUACAGCAUGGGGUGUUGUACGUCAUCUGACGGGGAGAAGGUUGAUACUUACCAGUGUGUGGAUGAUAUGCAAGAGAAUGCAAGAGCGACCUCUAUAGGCCGACUAGCAUUUAUUCACGAUACACAGCAGCUGUACAUCAGGGUUGAAGAUGGUUGGAAGAUAAUACAGCUUGGUGCAAUCCUGUCGUUACCACCGACGCCAAUGCCAACGGAAAAAACAGAAAAAAAGAAUAAGUCGAAUGGCGCCAACAAUAAGCCUGAUAAUACAACAAAGGUUAAAAAGGCGAAGACAAAGGAAAAGAAAGUUUCUAAACUAGAGAUCAAGGAAACUAAAGUCGCAGGUGUUGAUAAAAUGUUCAAGGAGGCCGUGGCGCCGUUCAACGGAGCAGUUGAACUCAAAGAACAGAUUGAUAAAACGAUUGAGACGUUCAAAGUUUCAACUGGGCACAAGAAAGAUGACAGUAUUAAGGUCAUCAUACUUGACUUGAAACGUAGAUACCCUGAUCUUUCCAUUGAGAUACAGGAUGGAUGUAAAUUUGUUCUCGAUUUCGGGUCCUAUGUUAAGGAAGAAGAUGGUGAUAAAGAUGACGAUGACGAUGGUGAUGACGUAGAGCGGGAGUUAAUCAAAGUGGAAAUUGAAGAAGAUAACGUCGUGAAAGCAUUCAGCGCUAUUGGAGAUUUGGGAGAAAAAAUGAUGGAUCUUUUGAAGAAGGCUAAGGAGUCGGCACAGAUUUUUGAGCAGUCUAAGGAGAUCACAGCUAUGGUGAAAGAUUCCGGUCUCAACGGCUUCCAGCUGGCGAAGGCGCUGAAAAACGCAGCAAGCAACAUCUCUGAGUUUAGAAAAGUGCCAUCGGUCAUAGACGCGUUGAUGAAAACAGUAUCGAAUCUUGUUGAAGAUGUGAAGGACACGAUUAAAGAGCUGAAAGGUGAAAUUGAAGUUGAAAUUGAAGUUGAAGAUGAAUAAAAAUGUGUGAACCCGUUCACGUGACCGCUACUUUGUAUCGAAUUUCUUUUCAAGAAUUCUCGCUGACAAAAUGUAUAUAUGUAUACAUUUCCAUACAUACCAUUAUUAAUUCGUGGACUCAAAUCUAGUUUAUGUACUGCGCAGUGAUUUGUACAAAAAGUACACGCAAAGUUCUAAAUAAUGCAUAGAAUACAUUGAAAUGUUUAAAA